AUGCGUUUGUUAAAAUCAAUCGAGUCGUCAGACAAUGACAAUGCUCACAAGAAGGGAAAGCAGUCUCUCAUUUCUCGAUAUAUGGUGGUCUUUGAAGAAGUCAUGAAUAACAAAGAUGCACGGAAUUGCUUUAAACAAUUUUUAAAAGAAGAAACACAUAGCGCAGAAGCUCUACUUUUUUUGGAAGACCUGAAUACGUACAAAACCGAAUAUCAGAACACGAACGUAGAAUUUGAAAAGGAUUCGUUUGAGAAGAACAGCAAAUCAACGCGGAAGAUGGUGCUUCAUCUCUUUGAUCAGGCCAAGCGAAUCAUUACUACUUAUAUAGACACAUUUUCGAUAACAGAGCUCAACUUGGGCCAUGGUAAAGCCACCAUUACAAAGAAUUGGGCUAAAAUUGACUAUCAUGCCAAAACCAUACUUCCAGAUUUUUCAGGUUGUGACACCACAAGCAACACUUCUAACGCCAGUGCUUCAAGCAACUCUAGUCCGAAAAACUCUAAUUGGGACAAAGAGGGAUUGAGUCAAUUAUUUUUCAUGUUGGAACCAUCAACAUUGUUUGAUUCAUGUGAAGUGAAUGUCGUUUUGGAUUUGAAAUUGGACCAAUUUCCUCUCUUUUCAAGAUCACAGUUGUUGGACAAAUUUCUGAUUGAAAUGGGAGAAACAUUCAGUCGAAGCAUUGCCAUUGAUGUUUCAAAAGGAAAAAACAUUGAUGUUCGAUUCAAACCCAAAGAUUUUGAAUCAAGACUCUUGACAGACAAGGAUAUUUAUUUUGCCUUUGCAUUGUGUGAGGAUACUCCUGAUUGGCGCUUGUUUCUUCAAGAAGAAGGAAUUAGCUGUUAUAGUUCGAAAACUCUUUAUUCAUUUGGCACUUCUGCACUGCAUGGUCUUCACAAAAAUGUCUUUACAUUCCCCUAUCCUCUGGAUAAAGUGUGGUCUGUGUUCAGUGAUCGAGACUCCCGUCUAAAAAUCGAUGAAGGAAUGAUGCCCAUUUCACAAGCAUUUUCUUAUCAAGCUCCCCACAACACAAAUAACAAGGCACUGGUGGAAUUAGUGGCAGAGGAACGAGAUCAGUUUUAUGACGACGAUAAGCCACCUCUUGCUCUCUCCCUUGGAUGUUUUGGAAUAGAUGCAAAAAUGCCAUUUGUCAAGAAGAGAUUUUGUUGGUAUGCAGAGACGACUAUCUAUGAUCCUUAUGCAGAUUGUAUUGUGACAGUGGGGCAUUCUACACGUUCUUUUUUACAUCCAAGAGAACAGGAACUUACACAAAACAAAGUAAUCAUUGACAUCUUGUACUGCAACAUGUUCUUUAGGGUGAAUGAAAAUACCACUCGAUUUAUUCAAACAGCUUACUGCGAUCCAAAACUUCCAAUGACUGAUGGAUUUAUCGUCAAUGCAUCCAUAAAAUCUAGAGCUAGACGUUUCCGAAAAACCUUUCUCAACAUUUUAGAAACUGUUGAGGAUGAUUCUCCCAUUAUGCAAGCUGAUUCAUUCAAAAGUAAGCAAGCCAUUUUAGACAAUCAACGUGUGUAUCCUAAUCGAUCAUGGUUCAAGGAGUAUGAAUCAAGAAAAAACUAA